CCUCUAAAAAUCCGAAGAACACACAGUAAUAGUUUAUCCAAUCAGCACAUGGAAAAACAUGAUCAAAUUACACUAAUCAAUAAGAUAAUGAUGUAAGCCAUAAAAUGGAGAGUUAACGGCAUCUUCCAUCAUCUCCAGCCACAAGUUAAUUACUACUACUAAUAAUCAACAAUACCAUAAACUCAAAAUACGCAACACGGUAAUGGCAGAAACGAAGCAUAAUUGAAUUGGAAGAAAGAGAAAUGAGAACAUGCGCAUGCCUUCACGCUUCUCUUAUUCUUCACUCAUCGCUUCAAUUUCAAUUUCAACAACAACGCUAUCGUCAUUAUCUAAAUCUUCCUUCAUUCUCCCCUAUUCGCUCUCUAUUCCUCUCUCACACUCCAACCACCUCUCUCAAUGUUAUACCGCGCGAUAUUGAAGUUGAAUUAUCAUCCUCCGACUCAAACGACGUCGUUUUAUCUAUAAACGAAAACCCUACAAUUGAGCCACACAGCGAACUUGAACAAGUUCCUCCCUCCAAUGAAGUUAAAUCCACUAAACACAAAAAGAAGAAAGAACAAAACGACGACAACAGCACCAACUUGGAUAACCGUUUCAAGCUCCGCAACGGAAAACAGGUUUUUGAAGAGAAAGCGUAUCUCGUUGGUGUUGAACGAAAAGGUGAUGUUAGGGAUUCUUUUGGUAUAGAGGAAUCUUUGAGUGAAUUGGAACAGUUAGCUGAUACUGCUGGAUUAUUGGUUGUUGGUUCUACAUACCAGAAGCUUGCUUCUCCAAACCCUAAGACGUACAUUGGCUCCGGCAAAGUUUCUGAAAUUAAAAGUGCAAUUAAUGCAUUGGAUGUUGAAACUGUGAUAUUUGAUGAUGAGCUGUCAGCUGGGCAACUGCGCAACUUGGAAAAGAUUUUUGGUGGAGAUGUUAGAGUUUGCGAUCGAACUGCUCUCAUCCUUGAUAUAUUUAAUCAGCGAGCAGCAACACACGAAGCAUCUUUACAGGUUUCAUUGGCACAAAUGGAAUACCAACUACCUCGUCUAACGAAAAUGUGGACUCAUCUUGAGCGUCAAUCAGGAGGACAGGUGAAGGGAAUGGGUGAAAAACAAAUAGAAGUGGAUAAGCGUAUUUUGCGUAACCAAAUUGGUGUUCUUAAAAAAGAGCUAGAAUCUGUUAGGAAACACCGAAAGCAAUACCGUAAUAGGCGUAUCUCAGUACCUGUGCCAGUGGUAUCCUUGGUUGGUUACACGAAUGCUGGUAAGAGUACGCUUUUGAAUCAAUUAACUGGAGCAGAUGUUCUUGCCGAAGAUAAAUUAUUUGCAACUUUAGAUCCAACUACGAGGAGAGUACAGAUGAAGAAUGGAAAAGAGUUCCUCCUAACAGACACCGUUGGUUUUAUUCAGAAGUUACCUACUACACUAGUUGCUGCCUUCAGAGCCACCCUGGAGGAGAUAUCAGAGUCAUCACUUAUGGUGCAUGUGGUUGAUAUCAGUCACCCCCUGGCUGAGCAACAGAUAAAUGCCGUGGAAAAAGUUCUAUCAGAACUAGAUGUAUCAUCAAUUCCAAGACUGAUGGUCUGGAACAAGAUUGAUAAUGCUAGUGAUCCCCAGAAAAUAAGGCUUGAAGCUGAAAAAAGAGAUGAUGUUGUAUGCAUAUCUGCUUUAAGUGGCGAUGGCUUACCGGAAUUCUGUAAUGCAGUUCAAGACCAACUAAAGGACUCCAUGGUGUGGGUGGAAGCUUUGUUACCAUUUGAAAAUGGGGACCUUCUCAGCACCAUACACCAGGUUGGAAUGGUCGAGAAAACUGAAUAUACAGAGCAAGGGACAUAUAUCAAGGCUCAUGUGCCCCUACGUUUUGCAAGAUUGCUUACACCUAUGAGGCAACUGUGUGUAUCACUGCGACCUUGACUUUCUUAAAUAUGUAUAUAAUUAAGUUUCAUAAAUAUCUGCCAUACGGAAGUGUAGAAAAUGAUUAAUACAGUUCGCAUCUGUUAUGUAUGAGGCCAUGAGCAAGAGAAACAAUUAUUAUGGCUUGCAGCAUUACAUGUCUCAUGUAAAGCUGUACAUAUAUGUAUGUAAUUGUUGAUUAUUGAUAUUGAAGUCAGAUUAGCAAGCCCUUGAAAAUGGAGACUCUGUUGAAAGCCUUGAAGGAUAUCAAUGCAGAGUGUGUUUUCACUUUGCAACCACAGUUUGUCAUACCAAUUCAACUCUGUUUUGUUUUUAAUUGACAUUUAAUUACUAA